UUUUGUUUUUUUGUUCUCUCUCUCUCUCUCUCUCUCUCUCUCUCUCUCUCUCGCAAUCGCACCAGACAUCGUCGACGCUUUGACCUCUCGCUCGCUCGCUCGCAAUUUCUUCUACCAAGUGAACCGCUCAUAAUUUAGGGUUUCGAGAUUUCUUCUCUCGCAAGCUCCUCCUGUUAUCUAUAUAUAUAUAUGCAUCUGGCUGAUCAAGUCUCUUAGUCAUAAAAGCCAUAUGGCGGACAAUACUUCACCUGAAGCUUCUCCUUCUCAGCCACCGCUCUUUCUGGAGGUUUUUUGUGAAGUUUCUGGUAAGGAAUACAGAUUCACGAACGGGACAAAGGCGAAAUUUGCUGUCUCUGUGAUCAACAGGAAACUUGGUUCGUUAAAACCUCGUGUAGUUUUCAUCGAAGCAGCAAAGGAAGGUGAAGAGCCCAUCAGUUUUGGGGAUGAUGCUUCUCUUGUUAGUUAUGGACAUGGCUGGAAGUUGAAGACAGUGAUUGAUUCUGAUUUUCCUGGAACUGAGAGAUACAAUCUACCACAGCAGUUUCCUUCUUUGAUAUCUAUGGGUUCCACAGAUUCAAAGUACACAAAGCAUUCAAAACCAGAAAUUGGAGAACAAAGUCUCAAAUACAUUGGAAGAAUAUUUUUUGCAUUUGUUUUGAUGUUUAUUCUUGGUGGCCUCUUCACAGUGGCUCUUGAGAACCUUCCUAGAUUGAUAUUACUCUUUAAAAGCUCGCCCAUGUAAAAAAUUGACGACACUGCCAAAAACACAUGUGGGGAUGUAACUCCUAAAUCUGUAUUUUUUUUUUUUCCUAUGUAUGCUAGUUUAUUUAUAAACGUAUUUUGAGGUUACAAAAAAUAAUAUUUGAUUUCAUCAAA